GAUGGUAUCCAGUUCAGAGCCUUCUUUCCACCUUUUCGAUUCUUUUUUUGUUACAAAAUUUUUUUUUUUUCUUUGCCUUUUUUCUUUUUUCUAAAUUUUGUCAUGUCCGAGAAGGCCAAGAAGGAAAUUCCCGGUUACAUCAAGUACGUCAAUGGCGGUCUUGCCGGUAUGAUGGGCACAGUCAUUGUCCAACCGCUCGAUCUGGUCAAGACCCGAAUGCAGAUUUCGGCGACCACUGGAGAGUACAAGUCCUCCUUCGACUGCAUCGCAAAAGUACUCAAGGCCGAGGGUAUUCUGUCCUUUUACAAUGGAUUGAGCGCCGGAUUGAUGCGACAGGCCACUUACACGACGGCUCGCAUGGGAUUCUACCAAAUGGAGGUCGAUUCCUACAUAGAACGUUAUGGAAAGCCACCAGUCUGGGCUAGCAUGGGUAUGGGAAUCAUGGCUGGAGCGGUUGGGGCGAUGGUGGGCAAUCCGGCGGAGGUGGCGCUCAUCCGUAUGAUGUCUGACAACCGAUUGCCGCCGGCGGAGAGGCGUAAUUACAAGAGCGUCGCCGACGCCUUCGUCCGAAUUGUGAAGGACGAGGGCGUGCCUGUCCUGUGGCGAGGGUGCUUUCCCACCGUGGGUCGUGCCAUGGUGGUCAACAUGGUGCAGCUAGCAUCUUACUCGCAGCUCAAGAACUACUUCGCCCAGUAUAUGAGUGGCUUGGGUCUGCAUAUCACUGCCUCCAUGAUAUCUGGGCUGUUGACCACUAUCGCCUCCAUGCCGCUGGACAUGGCCAAAACCCGAAUACAAAACCAAAAAGCCGCCGAGUAUAAGGGAACCAUGGAUGUCCUUGUGAAGGUGGUCAAAAACGAAGGUUUCUUCUCGCUGUGGAAGGGUUUCGUUCCAUAUCUUUGCCGUUUAGGUCCUCAUACAGUGUUUGCGUUUAUAUUUCUGGAGCAACUUACCAAAGGGUACAAAAAAUAUGUUCUUGGCGACUUAUCCGAAUCUAAUAUUUAAUUCGUUAUCAAUCUAAAUUAUCUGCAUAUGAAGUUUAAACUGAAAUAACUGUAUUUUCAAAAAUUAAACUUAAAAAGUAGAAAAAAAAA